GAUAGGCGGACUGGCCUGCCCCGGGGUUAUGACAGCAUCAAGUGCGCGGUGUUGGCGCUGUAUAUGUUACCUCCGAGCCGCGGAGGGUGCACAGACGCGAUAUGAUAACCCACAGAUAAGUCUCCGACUCUGGUUUCCUGUUAGCAUCUGACGCGUAAACCCAGGCAAACCCUUAACGGAUCUCAUCGACAAGUACGCGUAUUCUCACGUCUGCUGAUUAGUGGCGACCAGGGAUGCUCCAGCCGGCAUGUGACCAGUGCCAGUGUAUCCGUACCCUCAGACGCGGCGGCGGGGGCGGGCUGCCUGGUGCCUGGCACCCACUGUUCCACGCCACCCAGGGGCGCCUCGAGAGGCAUCUUCAGCGCGCUUUUGGUUGCUCGACGCAUCCGUCGGUUCCUGCAGUUAUCAUGGAUGGGACACCCAUCACUAAUGACGACCGGAGGCAACACUCAUGCUUCGUAACAAGGUGCCGUGUGAACGCGGUAACGGAGGCAACGUACCUAGAUACUAAAGGCAUACCCAUUCGGCACGCCUCUCUGCAUUGUCCACCUUUUGACAGCAAGAAGGAGUCAUCAUGGAAGCAGCAGCUCCUCGAGCGAGGUUUAAGCCACAGUCUCACAUUUAGGAGGAGCCUGGAGUCCCGAGGCAGAGGGCCGGCCUCCCCUGUCGCCCUCGUGCCCCCAGCACAUGCAUGCACUGAAGGCCGGAUCCGUCUGCAGAUGACACCUUCCAAUAAGACAUGAGCGGGGACAUGGGCGGGAGCUACCUUGCCUUAGCUAGAAUAUUGCA